AUGACUGGAAUUGGCUCGUUUAAGCACUCUUCAGAGUUCCAAAGGAUCAAGGCAAGUGUGAAGAAGGUUUCGACUGAAACUGGUGAAUCUAUCUCAAAAUAUUAUUCCAAUUUACCCAACAACAUAUCUAUCAACAAUCCCCAAGAUAGAGGAAAUGCGAAAAGAGGUGUUGUUCUCACACGUCCUCACCAAGCAGGAGAAACAAUUCAUGAGUUCUUGCCUUACCUCGAAGUUGCAGAAACAAACGAAAGUAUUGACAGCACAGAUUCUAAGGAUACACUGUGUGCUCAUUGUAUGAAGAGUUUGAGUGUUGCUGGCGCUGGAAUCGAAUGCGGUGAUUGCAGCGGUUUUGUUAAGUACUGCUGUGAAGAAUGUAUGGAUGCUGAUUUAUUGGUUCAUAAAGUUGAGUGCCUGUAUCUUUCUGCAUUCGAUGAGCGCGAGAGGGCCCAGAUCUCCUGUGUCGAGCGACUGAUUCUGCGGCUCAUCAUCUGCCUAGGUCAAGAUAACAAUCUUGUGUCUCAAUGCCGUGACCUGACUUCUCAUCAUGAAUACUACUUCAAAUUCAAACAAGAGAACAACUUGGUUCAUGUUUCGCCAAGUCAGGAGGCCUUAUUUGAUGCUACCGAGUCAUAUUCUUUGGGGUUCCUAAGGUUUUUUGAGGCAGACCUGAAGGGGCUGAUCAAGCUGUGUUUCAUCAUCUAUGUUAACUCUACGGUGUUACAAAACUUCUACGAAGAGCCUGUUGGAAUUAUGUUUGAUCCGUUUUUUUCUUUGAUCAAUCAUUCCUGUGAACCAAAUUGUAUUUUGGUUUGGAAAGGCCGAACAGCUUCUUUGAGGGCUCUUCGACCAAUUGCUACAAACGAAGAACUAUUUGUCAGCUACUGUCCUGUGUUCACUCCGAAAAUCGCAAGACAGCAGCAACUUCGUAAUAGCUUCUACUUCGAUUGUACAUGCCAAAUGUGCUCGACGGAGUUUGACAGAUGGUUUCCAAGUAAAAGUGGGCUUGGCGGAAUGAACUGGGAUAAAACCGGUUUGGAUGGAGUUAUGAUUGGUGGAUCGGAAGACGAACAACAAUCUUACAUCGAAUUGAUGCAGGAGUUGAAAUCAGUAUGCAGCUCGGAAGAUAUGGAUGAUGUCUCUGUGCUGCAAUCUAUCUCCACAGGUAUCCCACAACUGAACCCUGAAGAAAGAUUAAUGCUUUCAAACCUUGCAUACAAGCAUGUUUCUGUUGUCCCAAGACAAAGCUGGCCAAUGUACAAAUUGUUCCUAUUGUUGAAAAACAACACUAUUGAAGACCCUAUUGCCAACUUACGUUUUACGGUCUUAACCACUGAUAUUGAAAACUCGUUGGAGCAUCAGCUAGAUUUCAAAGUUUCUUUGGGGAUGUCCUUUUACGAAAUAUGUAUCGGCAUCUUGAAAUUGAUCAGGAUGCAGAGACAGGGAGAGAUCGACUGGAAUCUAGACAUGUUAUUCUGGUCGGCUCUAAUACUGGCCUUACAGGCAAAUAAGCACAUUGUUUUAAAAUACAAUUCGAAUUUUCAGCCACUGACUCAAGAUUUGAAAAGCGUUGUGGAAGAUUUGAGAAGUCUCCGAAAAGUUGAUACUGUGAACGAGGCUGAUGCGCAUGUCUACUUAGAACAGCUGUCCCAGGAGCUCGGUGGUGGUGUCAACCUUGCAAAAUACUGUCAACCGUUGGAAAAAGAAGACGUUGCCCAAUUCAAUCUAAUUUUGGAAUCAGGAUCAGUGCCAGAUGAUCAGAUGUAUUCUAAUUUUGGGUGGUUGCUGCAGAUCUGA